GAAGAACGUCACGUCAUUCUCGCGGAAGUGUUGGCUUGACAACCACUAUAACCUUUCCGCUGGGAAAAAAGGUAAGCUCAUCUACAAUGUUCUAUGCAAUGUUUUGGUUUGAUAUGAUUACAUACGACGAAAGCGAUCAUUUAAGCUGUGGUAAUUACAUUCGACAAGUAAUUAAUAAUGUAGUAGGGCCGUUUGAACUGUGUACUUUAGUGUUAAAUCUGUUCCGUUAACUGUGUGUAUUGGCUAUAGUAAACAGCGUUAGCCCCAAUCCUCUCAUCAGCUGUAUUACAGUCUGUCGCUUUCUUUUGUCUAUUUUUAUGAUUUUCUGUCUUUGCUACACUGUCUCAUUGACCGUAUUCCUGUACUUUAAUGUGACUAUGUAAAGUCACCAUGCUGAAAAAUGGUUUUAACGCCACUUUAUUCUGUUUUCAGCCCAAAGUAACCUAAAUUUGCUUGACUGAAACAUAUCGAGUGCUCUCUGAUUGAAAACCCUCAACCAUGAAUGGUUUGUCAAUCGGAUCACCAUUCGCUUUCGACUGAGGAAUAUUAGCAGUAAAUCUUAACAACCCAUUAGUUUCAAAUGUUUACGUUUGGCUUUACUUCAGUGCUUCUGUCCUUUUAAGGUAUGAAAUAAAUUUAUGAACCAUUCCCUGUAUUCAUUACGAAUAAACUAAUAUGUUUACCUUUUCAGUUGGCAGAACAAAACAAUGCCAGAAGUCAAGUCAAUAAUCAGAGAAGUUCUGCCUAAACAAGGUUUGUAGCCUACCACAGCACUUCGUUAUUUGGACUGCAGUUAUUUAGACAAAAGGCUAUUUGUGGAGCUCCAUCCAGCAUGUGAACUGUUUAAAAAUGUGCAAAAGCGUGCAAAAUGAGUCAGUGGGUGCUCUGUGCAGUGUAACGCCAUCGACACUGUUGUUGUAUAAACAAUGUUAUUAUUGGGGUCAGUAACAUGGCUAAAUGAAACUGUAUCUUUGGUGCCACAUCUUUAAAACUUUUAGAGAGUACAAGAUACCCAGGGCCUGAGCAUGUGGUCUGUUAAAUGUAAUUAAAAUGUGAUUGAAAAAAUUGCUAUAACAGGUAGUAAAAACACAUCGGUGAAGAAAAAAAAUACAACAUACAAUAAAUUUACCAAUGCUCAUCCUUUUCUUAAAAUCCUGUAGAUUUCAGGUUUUGAAUAAGGCAGUUUAACCAGACUUUCUUUGCAGUGAUGGCCCUUUAGUUUCAGAGAUAUAUGCCUAAUUUUUUUCGACAAACAGAACAUUUGUCCUCAGUCAUCCGUGGCAAGUUAAGGAGUCCUCACCUAGUCUUUUGUGUAUUUAUCUGUGUGUGUGAGUGCUGUAUGUGAUGAAUGGGGGUUGGGGGGAAGGGUGGGUUUUGGUAUUUGUAUUUUUAUUAAUUUUAUUUCAUUGUUUUUAAUAUCCUGCUUGAAUGGACAGCACUUUGUGCUACAUUAUAUGUAUGAAAAGUGCUUCAAAAAUAAAGUUUGAUUGAUUGAUUGUCACAGCUGAAGUGUGAAAUGCUAUUUUCAAUUUUGCAUUUAAACCAAUAAUUGCACAAAUCGAGGGACAUAAGGAGUUUUACACUGUCUCAAUUUUUACUAUUCUUUUUUGUCCAAAUCCACAGGGCAGCUUCACAUGGAAGAUGUUCCUACCAUGGUUCUGUGCAAGCCAAAGCUGCUCCCACUCAAAUCAGUCACCCUGGAGAAAUUGGAGAAGAUGCAGAUGGAGGCGCAAGAGGCCGUUAAACAGCAGGAACUGGCAAUGAAGGAGCUAUCACAGUAGAUGCCCAAUGCUGCAGCACAAAGUGUGUGAAAAUAACCAAAAAAGACAUUCAGAGCCAGGCACAAGUCCAGGGUUCUAAAUACCUAUAGAAAAUGUACUAGCAUGCCCAGUUUAGUGCAAUGUCAGGGAGAUACUAUGAUUUGUUGUCAUGGAGCUGAUACGUUGCUUCAGCCACUAGACCCCUCUUCAACACAUGGAUGUUGAGCAAUAGGUGAUUCAUUUUACUUAUAUUGCCAAGAUAAAAAUAAACAAUCAAAAUACUACUUGUAAAUGUAUUUGACAGGCGUGUGUGUGUGUUUGUAUAACAUAUAUAUAUAUAUUUAAACUUUACUCACACUCAACAUCUUCAACAAUGUGUGUAUGUGUAAAAGGGAAGAAAAGUCAAGCAAGUUAAUGGGGGGGGGGGGUUAUUCACAUUUCCAGAUCCAUGUUAACUUUACUUUGUCUGUGAAAAUGCAAGACAUGGUGGUUCCCUGCUUUUUUGUUUUCCACAUCUAUAAAUCACCCUUUAAGGUACACCAAAUAAGAAAAUGUGUUUCAAGACAUCUGUAGAGUCUCUGAUAAUCUAGUCUAAAUCGGGCAAGUCUCAGUGUAGUGGCUUUGGAUCAGGACGGUGGUUCUAUAACCAUCUCUGUAACAGAUGACCUGGAGCCUGUGAAUAAUAUGUAAACUUCAGCGUUGUCCAAAUAAGUAUAAUAAGACAAAGGACACAGGUGGGAAGGAAAACAACUAAAAUCUAAAAAAACACAUUCAGAACCCUCAAAAAAUAAAAUAAACACUCAAAAUACUACUCGUUAAUUUAUUUCACGGGUGUGUGUGUGUGU